UUGAUUUGCUUUAUUUUCGUCAUUUCAUUCGUUUUGUGAAGUGUAUAAAAUAUACAGUUGAAGACUUACGAAAUUCUUUGUAUCCUUGAACUUAAUAGAUUGGUUUCAAAUCCAAAUGCAAAAAAAACGUGUUAGUUUUUAAUUUACGAUAAAACGUUUUCGAUCGAUGAAAAUCCUUUGUAUAAAUUUCGCGCUUUGUUCUUGUAAAAGUUAUUUUUACGCGUUUGCAGCAAAGUCGAGAAUAUGUAGAUGAUAAUAAAUUAAGCGUAGUAUACAAUUUCCCAACUCGAAAUCAAUCGCAGUAAAUGUAAAAGUGAUAACAAGUUUAAAAUGGCUCACUUUAGUCGUCGCGAUACUACGUACAGCGCCCUGGACAAUGAAACGUCUCCGCCUUUGGCUUAUUUGGCAGAUUCUACAAAUGCUGCACCUAUGAUGCUAACCCUGGACCAUGAACAUGAAGACGCUACUAAUGUUAUCAUCCAUAAAGUACCAAAAAACAAAGGAGGAUGGACUCAUAUAGAAGAUCUAGACUCUUUCUUCACAAGAAUGUACCAUUACUACAUAAGAGGAGGAUUUUACCCAAUGAUUAUGUCAGAUUGUUUUUACUUAUUACAAUUUGUUUUCAUUGUAUGGUUUUCAACAUUUUUGGUGUACUGUGUCAAAUACCCUGUUCUAUUCAGAAAUGACCCAAAUGCAAACAGGAGUGAAAAACUUACUUUAAAUGAUGUUAUAUAUUCAAGUUCAGUAUGUGUUGGAUUUAUUUCUUGGCACUGGUGGUGCCUCAUCAUGUUAUGUUCUAUUAUUUGGAUAAUGAGACUAGUCUUAUCAAUAUAUCAUUUAUAUUAUGCAUAUGAUACAAAAUUAUUUUAUAAUAAUGCACUUAAAAUAAAAGAUAGUGACCUAGUAUGGGUAAGCUGGUCAACAGUUCAGGACAGAGUCCGGGAAGCUCAACCCGAACAUCACAUGUGUGUCCACAAACAGGAAAUUAAUGAGUUGGAUAUCUAUCAUCGAAUUCUGAGGUUUAACAACUACAUGGUAGCCAUGGUUAACAAAAGUUUACUGCCGCUACAGAUACAUGUGCCUUUUGUGGGUGAUUUCCACUACUUGUCUAAAGGCUUAAAGUGGAAUUUGGAAUUUCUUUUAUUUUCUAGUCCGUGGAGUCCCUGGGAGAACUGCUGGCAGCUGCGGGAGUGCUACAAAGACCAUUCGAAACGGAUGUUACUGGCUCGUCAGCUGGAGAGGCAAAUCUUGUUCCUAGCACUUAUUAAUCUACUACUGACACCGCUUAUACAGGCUUGGCAGAUUCUAUAUUUCUUCUUCAACUAUGCAGAGCUAAUAAAGCGGUCGCCGGGCUCGCUGGGUCUGCGCACGUGGUCGCUGUACGCGCGCGUGACGCUGCGGCACUUCAACGAGCUGGAGCACGAGCUGCGCGACCGGCUCAACCGCGCGCACAAGCCCGCCACCAAGUACCUGGCCAGCUUCUCCUCGCCCAUCACCACGGUUAUCGCCAAGAAUGUGAUGUUCUUCUCGGCGAGCGUGCUGGGCGUGCUGGUGAUGUUGUCGGUGUACGACGAGGACGUGCUGACGGUGGAGCACGUGCUGACCAUCAUCACCAUCCUGGGCUGCGUGCUGGCCGGCGCCAGGGCGUUGAUCGGGGAGGAGGAGCGGUUGUCCGGCGGCUGCGCGGGCCCGGCGCGCGGCGAGGAGCUGUUCGUGCAGGUGCUGGGGCACGUGCACUACCUGCCCGCGGCGUGGCGCGGCCGCGCGCACACCAAGGACGUGGCCGCGCACUUCCAGCAGCUGUUCCAGUUCCGCGCGGUGUACAUCCUGUUUGAGGUGCUGAGCCCGCUGCUCAGCCCGCUCGUGCUGUACCGGCUGCGCUCGCGCGCGCUCGACAUCGUCGACUUCUACCGCAACUUCACCGUCAGCGUGCUGGGUAUCGGCGACGUGUGCUCCUUCGCGCAGUUGGACAUCCGGCGCCAUGGACACCCGGAUUGGCAGGCCCCUGGCAAACAUGCUGAAAAAGCGAAAGGCAACACGCAGUACAACCAAGGCGAGGGCGGCAAGACGGAGCUGUCGCUGGUGGCGUUUUCGUGCCGGCACCCCGGCUGGCAGCCCGCCGAGCCCGCGCAGCGCCAGUUCCUGCGCUCGCUGCGCCAGAGCAUGCACCACGCCGUGCCCGCCGCCAACGCGCUGAACAAAACGAUGCUCGGGUCGUAUAUACAGCAAAGCAUAUUUGGCACCAACACUCCCUUGCCUGCUGUGCUCUCCUACUACCAACAGCGGCAGCCAUAUAGAUUACCUGAUAUGGACGAGACCAGCGACGAGGAGGAGGACGGGCCGGGGUCGGCGGUGAGCAGCGCGCGCGUAAGCUCGCGCUCGUUCCGCCUCGCGGGCGCCAGCAGCGGCCUCGGCGCCAGCGCGCUCGGCCUGGUGCCCGCCGACGCGCCCGCCGACGCGCCCGCCGACGAGACGCGCGACAUGUCCGUCAGCACGCUGCACCUUUACGAUCUGCACAUCUCGCACGCAUCGCCGUCGGUGGGCGCGUGUUGCGUGAACAACUGCUCGGACCGGCAGGGCCGCUGGGAGCAGGGCGAGCACACGCCGCUGCUGCACCACCCAUAACGCCGGUCGCCGCCGCUGCCCCGCCCCGCCCCGGUCUGGGUAUAGACACGAUUCCCGUCGACACGAUACUUCGACGAGGGACCGCCGCACCGCUCACUACCUAGCGAAUCAAUUAUAAUCAAACUUGAAAUCAUAUUUCAUUGACGAUGCAAAACGCAUUGACGAUUGUUUCAUUGUUAAUCAUCACCAAUAAUAGUACAUUAUUGUCGAGGCUCGGAAGUAGCUACUUGCUGGCUGAGGAUUCGUUUUAAACGGACGACCUUGGGAGACCGUUUAAUUGAAUCCGAAGCCAGCAAGUAGCCUUCCAGCCGAGUCAUAUAUAGUGCUUUUCUCAAAAAUGGCGCAAUAAACACAAAUAUAAUAGAAAUAUUUUACAGAAGCAACGUUAUUAUGUAUAUAUUUUCACAGAAAAAAGUAAAAAGAUUUGCUUUGCCGCCUUUUUAUUUUUUUAAUUAAAAAUAGAAGUGUAUUUUUCUGCUGAAAAUACGCCAACCUAUUUGAGACACCAAAAUAGUCGCGGUACCAACAUUGUAAUAAUAAGUACUGAUCAUCUGUUUGGCUGUUUAAUGGACCUAUGCCUUCAUUUGAUAUGGCCACUUCAACUAUUAAAAAGUUUGGGACUCGACAAAUAAUGGAAUUUGUAUGCAACAUUGCAGUCCCGAAAUCGAGAGUGCAAUGUUUUUAAUUUUUUGACUGACCAUAAACUACGCACUUCGCGACCUACUUUUUAACCGGCAACGUUGACUUUGCCGUCCAUUUUUGAGAAAAAAUAUAUAAUUGUGCCGCGCCGUUAGUGAGCACCCUUCCGUAAGACUCGGAUGUGAAUGUCUACCGUCGUUAACUAUUCAGGACUUUAGAAACCGUGUAAAUAUAUACAUUUAAUUAGGUAUAUUAUAUAAUUGUAUAAAAAUAUAAACACCUUGCAAUUUAAAUGCAAGAAAAUAAUUUUAGUAACGUUUUACGUUACAUACACUGUUUCUUGAUUAUAGAAUUUAUGAAAAACUGCUCUACGACCGACGUAUCAAAUUUUGGUUUGUAGCAAUAUUUUUUGGUUGUCAUAUAGUAUACGGACAUGAAAUAUUCGACAAUUGUUAUUAUAAUAGGUACCAAAAUAAAAUUAUAAAUGUCAGUUAAAUAUGGUACAAAAUGUAAUUAUUUAUCGAAUGACCUUUAGACAGUUGUAACACACGUACCAGAGGAACCAAAUCAAUAACAAUGGAAGAUGGUAUAAUUGUAAUAUGUACAAUUAUUUUAUUUUGGUAAAUAUAAUGUGUUCCGAAACACAUCCAAGUGUUUUGUCAAACAAUUCAUCGAUAUUGAUAAAAUACAAAAACUUAGAGUAAUAUAACUUACCUACUUGUUUAACCAUUUAAUUUAAUGUUUCAGUACACAACUGUGAUUAUUGCUUUUUCAGUCCAUUCUUAAGGGUGACAGAGGUUGCGAUAGUUGUAUAUUGGCUUCUUUUUAUGGGAAUAGCUCCAUGGAACUACAUUUGAGGCUUUAUUAUUGUAAUAAUAUUAUAUUAGGAAUCGGGGCUGUCAUGUAAACAGUCCCGCUUGUAAUCAUACCUUUAGUUUAGGGGGUUUACAAGUAACUUAGCUGUAGUUCAUAAUACUUUUAAUGAUGAUUUCAAAUACAGAUAACUAAUACAUGUUUGACAUUAAGUAAUCGUUUGUGGAGUCUGCGACAUACCUACCACAAAAUUAACUAAGUUAACUAACGUUUUUUAAAUUGAAAUGUGAUAAUAAUAUCAUUUUAUACACUGACAUAGCCGCUUCGUACGGGUAAAUACAAUAAAUUCAAAUUUUAUUUACAAUAUAAUAUAUACUUUACAUUAAUCGAAAGGCAAGGAAAACUUUCAAUCACGAUACUAGUUAUAGUUAUAUUAUAUUAUUUAUGAUUAUUAAUUACAAGUGAGUUAUGUAGGCAGGGCCAGAGUCCACGUAACGCUAAGUAUUCAUUGUGAUGGUCCCAUACAUUGUCUCUGCCAAGUAAAGUCGGAGCAAACUUAGACGGAGCGUGGACGGACUCUCAACGCAAUACUGUCCUAUUUAGAAACCAUUAAUAAAUUCACUUGGCUGUUUUGAUUUACAACAUACACUUUAGUGGGAGACAUUUAACGACGAUAUAAAAAAGUAUACAAUUUUUUAUAAAAUAAAAAUCUUGACUGAGUUUUUAAAGUUACUGGAAUGUUUUACCAAUCUUGAACUUACUUAUAUAUUUGAUAAUAGAAACAAAGGUGAAUUAUUAUAAAUGAACCACUAUGAAUGUGAGUCGUCAUUCAGGGUUUUUCAACAAAGAAGAACAAGACAGGCAAAUGUAGAUAGAAACUUACUAUUGCCUGUGAAGUCUGUGCCAUCGACACAAGGUCGCCGCCGGAGGAAAUUACAAUGGAAAUUUUCAUUCGAUAUUACCCCACUGAUUUACACUUAGCUGUAACAAUAAUAUUGCUUUCGACAUAACAAUAUAAUUUACAUUAGCCAUUAGUAUGGUCGGUUGAAUAGUGUUGGCAUCAGAUACGUCAUAGCUAGCAUUGUCUACAAUAUUUGCAAGAUUUGAUUGGUUUCGGGCCAGUUGCACCAACCGCACGAUUGGCGGACUGAUCAACUUCAAUCAGCGGUGAUCAGUAUGAGACUUCCCAUACCUAUAACUCUGCCCUCCGAAUAAAGAGUGCAGUAACUCGUGUUUUUGUCAAAAUAGAGUUACAUACAUAUUCGGAAUCAGCAAGACGAGCUCUACAACUUCGUCUUUGACGUGCAAUAUAAAAUAUGGCAGGAACUUUACUUUCCAUUAACGAUAACUGCAGUAACUUAGAAUUUUAUAUGUAUAUAGUUUACCAAGCAUAAGUGCAAUAAGUUUAGAUACUGCGCAAGUUUUUGGAAUAUAUUUGUUAAACUGUUAGUUUUUUUUUGUUAAAAGUGCAGUAGCUAUAGUUACUGCGCUUAACAGUGGAAGAAUCUAUUUUUGACUUUAUUGAGCACGCUAUUUAUAAGGGCAGUAACUAUACUUACUGCACUUUUAAUUGUGAAAAAUGAUUUUCCCAACAUCGGAGUGACUUAAAUUAAAUAAUUAGUUACUACGUUUAUACUUAAGCAAACCUAAUACUUUAUUAACUUAUUCUGAAGCGAUAACUGCAUUAAGUACUUUUUGUAAUAAAAGUGCAGCAAAAGUGUUACUUACUGCAGUUAUGGUUAGAAAUAGUUUUGUCAAAUCCUACGGUAUAAUUAAUAAUUAAUGCGUUUUCGUAAUUUUUGUCCCAUUUGAAUGCGUUUUUAUAUUUUCAGUAAUAUAUACGAAGUCUGUAAACAGUAACAAAUAUUUUGAUAUAUGAUUGAUGCCUGUCACUAAAAUAGUCUAUGAGAUACAGGUAAAAAAAGAAAUUAAUUUUCAAACCGCUUUUUCUCGAAAACUGGUUUGAACGAGUUACUGCACUUAUCAUUAGGAGGGCAGAACUCAUUUCACCGAACGUUUUAACAGUGACAAAUGGUUUGGUGCAACCAAUAGGGUAGUUGACACAUGUUGAAUUUUGUAACUAAAUCUAGUUAAAUAGAUAGAAAAUGAGCAAUUUAUCACAAUAAAUUGGAAACUUAAAAAAUAUAUGGGAAUAAUUUAUUUAUUUAUUCGUAUGGCGUAUACAGAGUCGCUAAUUAUUAAUUACAAUACGACAUCUGAAUUCUUCACCCGGCCUCUCCGCCAAAUUUCCGUAUCGGGCAUUUAUUAUGUAUAAUGUGGUGUCUGUUCCGGGAAUAAUAAAAAAAAUACCUCAAAAUUUCGAAAAAAAAAAAAUUUUUUUUGUAACAAAUAAGAAAAAAAAAAUAACGGUACCAUUCGAUUCCUUACAUUUUAUUUAAAAAAUAUUGUAUAGCAACAAUAUACAUAAACGCAACAUUUCACCGACAAAAUCGCAUUUUCCUUGUUUUCCAUACAUUGGAACGGCUUCUAAACAAAGCGGCUUCUAAGCAAAGUGACACAGUGACGUCACGAUGUGUUGCCAUUUGUGUUAGAGCAUUUGCUCAGUAAAGUGCCAGACUGACCAUCAUUUGUGACUUUGUCCUCAAAAGAAACCUGAUUGACUGAUACCAUUAAAAAAAUUUGUCAACUACCCUAUUCUUAAUAACAUAUUCAGUAUGUUCACAUAAUAGGGGAAAUAAGAACAUUUUUUGCAACCUGGAGCAGACCUUCACUCUUACUUAGUUUUUCAGGAUGGAUGCUGAUAGUUUAUACCUAGUAGGUACUUAAACAUACCAAGUUCUUUUGUCGAUCUAUUUCACACUUCAAAUUGUUAACGAAGUAUGCCAAUAACCAAAUGGUUGCUGCAAUGCAAUUAUAUUUAAAGGAAUUGAUAUCCAUCUACAUUUUUCACUCAUUAUCACUUUAUUAGAAUACUCAAUUCAUUAAUUUUAAUAAUAUAUCAAUCAUAGAUUUAGUACAUACGAUUAAAUAGACGUUUAGCGUAGCCAAUGCCUCAUGCCAUCUAUUACUAUUGAGACGGCAACAAACUUAUCUGGAUACUAGUUUACUAAACUCGCCCUUAACCAAAAUGAUGACUGAGGCCAUAAAACUCGAGGCAGGGUUAAUUAAGCUCGGCGGUCGUAGCGAUGGCAAUGUGUCGAUUACGAAGUGUUUUAAACGUCGAUGUCAUUCUAUUUUAUUUUAGUUUCACUGUAAUUGUCCAAUUAUUUAAUGAUUUUUGCCUGUGUAAAUAUUAUAAGUUAGUAAAUAGUAGCGUAGUUAACCUUUUUAUACCUCAGUUUUACACUUCUAUACCUUAAAUAAAGAAAUUGUAUAAAUUAUUUAUUUGAAAUAUUAUGCACAUGUAUUUAAUUAAGUAUAAUGUUACACCGUAUUUCCACUUUUAUUAUAAUAAUAUUGAAUUCAUGCACAAGAAAUGUACCUAUUCACUCACUCAACUUAUCGCCAAUAUCGACAUCUCCGCUCGCUCCGUGCAAUACAAUGGGAAACUGAUAACGCGAGCUCAAGGGUUUUAUUGCCCUAGUCGUCAUUUUGGUUGAGGGCGAGUAUAGUAAAGUCAUAGUGUUACGCGCUCAGACACAAUGGCCGACAGCUCGCAUAAAAGAAACAAUGGCUUUUGUUUAACAGAUUAGAGUUUUAGACGUAAAAAUCAUCUGAGAUAAUUCAUACUAUAACUAAAUCAUAGUUUGUGUUUGUGUAACCGGGCAACGGCAUUUGCGGGGAACUUCAUAACAUUAUAUGUUUACAUUUAGCAUUUGUAGCAUAUACGUAGCAGUGCAAUAAUUAAUCUAUGCAAUCAAUUUUAUGCAAUGAUAGUGUUCGUGUAGUAUGAAUGUUUCCAUUUUCCUAAACGGCGGAAUGUCAUGGCCACCCUCAAGAGCGAUCGUUAUCUCUGACAUUCUCAUUGUUGAGUGAUUCAUCCCAUGCCGCUCUUUCGGCGAACUUUUCAAAUCGAUUUACUGUGGCACCGUGUUAUGAGUGAGAGCAUCGCUUUGUAUUUAAAACACAUUAACCUUAGUUUUCUUCAUUAGACCAGUACUCCAUUUGAAAGGGCACCUUGUAAUUUAUACGAAUAAAUAAUGACUAUCAUGACUUUAUUUCGAUCCUCUAA